AUGCCAUCCACCAUCAAGACUAUUUUCGCCGCUGUCAAGUUCAUUACCGGACGCCCUGCCGAUCUCAAAAAUUUUUUCUUGCCGACCGCAACCAGAGGGAAAACUGUCUGGCCCAAGACACCUGCAGACCUGCUUCGGUAUGGCGUUCGAUGGGACUACGAUGGCAUUGUUAAGAAGGAAGAUGGUAAAGAGUACCACAAAUACCAGCUACAGCCAAACGCUGGCAAGAUUCCAUCCUCGGUCAAGCAAUGA